UUGCAUCUGGCAACACUAGUAGCGUCUAAUGUUUUUUUUUUCAUAUUUUAUUUAGUUUUGUAGUUUAAUGGUGAAAUUGUUGCAAAAAUGUUGCUAAAAGUGCAAAAUAUUGAUGGCAGCAACUAUGUUACUACUUGUAGAAAGAUGGGCACCUACAUGCUCAUUUUCGCUUGCCACAAAGAGGCCACUUUGCAAAGUUUUGAGGAAGUUUUGCAUAUCGAAGAGUUCAAAAAGCGGCUGGUGAAUCUAAACACUCGCAUCAAGUUCCCAGAGGAGGCUGUGAAGACCACGCUCAUCAAGAACAAUUUCUCGCAGAGCUCGAUGGCAUUGGAGCCCAACUCGGCCGGCGCCUUUGUGCUGGCCUUGAAAUAUCCCAUGGCCGAAACAUCGACGCCCCUCAAAUGGGAGUGGCACCUCAAGCACACAGAUACUGUCGAGUUCUUCCGCGAGGUACUACUAGAAACCUUGGAACAAGGUACCACACUGCGUAAAAUCAUUCGAAACUUGACGAAGGAGCUGUGCGCCAAAGACAAUGAGUUGCAGCAAUAUCGCAGGGAGGGAUAUGAGCUACGCAGAACCACUGUAAGGACAAAAACUUUUGAUUUGCUCGAAUUUAACGCUGAUAACCAGGAGUUGUUGGAAGAAUCAUCUGCGUUUGGGGAUCUUAAUAGUUUCUUUCAGUAUUCCCAUGACUCCCGUCGACGAUCAACACCGUCCACGCCAUCAACAACAGCUUCGUCAUCAUCCACAGGCUCGUCAUCCACAACAGCCUCGUCAUCAUCUAGCAGCAACGUUACGCAUAAAACUACUAGUUCUUCAUCUAGCUCCAAUACUUCUGUGAAACCAGGUUCUUCAUAUAGCCCCAAGGUAGCCCGUAGCAGGAAACGUAAGGCUCAGGCGAUAAAUAGCAAGCGUUUGGAGGAAAAGGUCAAGCAGCGUUUGCUAGAUCCGCAAGUAAAGUUCAAUUCCCAGAGCUCACAGGAGGAUGAGCUGGUAGACUGGCUGGUCGAGGGUGCGGUAAAGGUAGAGCCAGAGCACGAGCUGAAGCAAGAGCCAAAGCCUGAGCCAGAUCUGACCAUCAAAACCGAGACUGAGGAGGCUCUACAAACCCCAAAAGAUGAAGAUGCUGCUGAAGUAAAGACCGAGAAGACAGAAGAGCUAGAGGAGAAGGCUACAACCGUGCCUGAAGAAGAAAAUAACAACGAAAGCCUCACCGAGAGCGACCAGGAGCUUAACGAACUGCGUUCGAUUCUGGCCGCCUCUAUGGCUCAGAAUCGCCAAAGCGCGGGGAGUAGCAGCAGGUACACUUAAAAAAAACCAACCAGGAACCCACUUAUAGUGAUAUAGAAGUUAACAAUUGUUUUUUUUCGUUAAAUGUACAUUUGAAAUGUACAACUUGACAUGAAAGAAAUCUCCCCACUGAUAAAGGGAUUUACCAAAGACAAUAUAUAGCCAGGGACAUUGCUUGCAGUUUAUCAUUUUUACCAUCAACUGGGUAUUGUUUUAAAAUUAAAGAAAAAAAAACAACAAAACUUUAGAACGAAAGAAACCAAGAGAAAAUUAAGAGAUCUAUAAAACUUAAAUUUGUAACUGACGAGAAUGAAAUAAACAUUUGCUAUAGCAAA